GCAUUUUUGUCGAUAUCUCUAUUUAUUAACACGAAGUGUUUCAAUUAAAAUGAAAAUAAUAAAAACACUUCGUAUAUUUACAAAAAAAAUAGUUUAUUGAGUUAUCUUACGAACGAGAAAUCUGAAAUUAGUAAUCACCCUGUAUAUACAAAAUUUUCUUAACAAAAAACAAUUGGAUCUGAUUUUCUGAUGUUAUUUUACUAUACCUUCAGAUUGGGGUGAACAAAUGAUGUUUGUGGUUUGAUUCCGUUUUUCUUUGCAGUCGUUACACAAGUCUACAAUGCAAAUGUAAUGGACGAAAGUGUUCUAAAGGGCAAUACGGCAAUUUUUAAAUGUCACAUCCCCAGUUUCGUCAGCGAUUACGUUUACGUCACCUCUUGGAUUCAGGAUGACAAGCGCGAAAUUGUUUCUCAUCAGGACACUGACUACGACAGCAAAUACUUGGUUUUACCGUCUGGUGAACUUCAUAUCAGAGAUGUUGGACCCGAAGAUGGAUACAAAUCAUACCAGUGUCGUACGAAACAUAGGCUUACUGGUGAAACAAGACUUAGUGCCACCAAAGGUCGUUUGGUCAUCACUGGUAAGUCUUUUUGCAACUGUUUUAUAUUUAAACAACAGGUGGAAUAACAAUUGAUACGCUUGCAAUAAUCGUAAUUAAAGGCAGAUAUCAAUAUCUCCUGGGGUUCUUUAGGUAUCGGUCACGAAAAAAUUGUCGCUUUCGUUUUCAACGAUAUUUUUUAUAUUGCAUGUUUGAAGUAAUAGUGAAAUUGUAUGUUUCCUGUUGCUUAUUUGGAUUAAAGGUUGGCGUGAUGGAAUAUAUUAUUCCUCCCUUUUAGCUUGAUUAUUACGUACGUUGUUUUUCACCGAACGGUAAUAAAUUUUUAUUCAGGUAAAAUAUGACCUAAAUUAAACAAAAUUACUAUUGGAAUUUACCCAGUCUUGCUAAUCAAUUUAUUAUCCCUACACACAAACACGGCUAUAAAUAAUGCAAAUGUAAUGUUUCGCAAAGAAGUAUAACUCGAAUUAUUGAUAAUAAAUAAAGGGCAGA